AAAUAUAAUGAGCCCAGAGCCGGGUGACCAGUACAAGCCGCUCGAAGGAGAAGAGGAGAUGUCUGAGAUAGGGAAAUCAGAUGAGCAGUGUGACUCCGAUAACCUUACCGUGGAAGAUGUGGUUAACAAGACCAUCGGAGCUGCGAACUCCAAAACCGCCCUAUUUAAAUUUAUAGCACUCUUCAUCGCUGGAAUGUUGGCAAAGAUGGCUGGUCCUAUGUUAGCUUACGCUCCCAUCUUUACAGGUUUCCUGAACUACAAAGAUUGGGAAUGUAUCUCAGAUAGAUGCGACGAGCUAAUGGGAAAUUAUACGAAUGAGCCGGAGACGUUUUUCAGUCGUGUAACUAUAUGCGAAAACUCCCUGAAACCUAACCAAGACUUCAAGUGGACAAUCGAAAGAACGAGUUUCGCAAUGGAAUGGGGCCUCAUAUGCUCGGAUGAGGACAAAGGAUCAAAUCUGAAGAGCUUCUUCUUCAUCGGGGCUUUCGCAGGUCUAAUAGUAGGGACGGCUUUAUUUGAUAAGAUUGGAAGGAAAACAACUUGUCUGAUUGGAAUAGCGAUAACAUCAAUAUCCAGUCUUGCUGCUUUCUUUGUGAACAACUACAAUGUCAUGCUUGCACUGAGGGUAGUUCACGGAAUUGGAGGAUUUAUUGCAGUGACAGGAGUUGAUCUGCUCUCGAUAGAGUUCACUCCAACAAAACUAAGAAACCUUAGUCAAAUCCUCAGCUCUAGUUGCUGGGAUCUGGGAUCUGUUGUCAUCGUUGGUAUUUCUUAUGGUUUGAAGGAUUGGCAUCACAUCUAUUUGGUGAUUGGAUGUAUUAUGGCUACCACAGCCAUAGCUGUCUUCAUAUACCCAGAGUCACCGAGAUUUCAGUUGAUCAAAGGUAAAGAGAAAGAGGCACGAGCAACGUUUAAAAGAAUCUCAGGUAUUUUCAAUACCACUGAAAUAUCGGAUAACACGGAGUUGGCCUACAAAGAUUACGAUAAGAACUACUUGGGCCAAAUUAAAGACUUCAUAAAACAUCCUAUAAUGCUAAAGAACACUGUCAUCUUGAUGGUAUGUUGGAUGAUGAUAUCAUGCGUAUCUUACGGUCUACUCUUUAGCUGGGGUAAAAUAGGGGCUGGUAUCUACACGUCCAUCCUCUUAGGUACUGUGGGCAGCUUCAUUACCAAGGGAUCUGGGAUGCUUUACUUUAUAAUCCACCACUUCGGCCGGAAGAACGCUGUGGUGAUCAACUUUGCAGGGGCAGCAACGGUUUUCUUUCUCGCUAUCCCUUGCUACGGAGUCCACUUGACUGGAACUUGGAGGCUGGAUCACGUGAUAUGUCUAUUCGCAUCUCCAUUUAUGUCGGGUGUUUGGGGAUCUGUGGCUCUACUGACCAAAGAACUGUCCCCCACAUCACACCGAGGAAUGAUAUACUGCAUGGGCUCUGCCUCUGCCAGGAUCGGUGCUUUCGUGGGUCCCUACUUGACUCUCCUUUACAACCAUAUCGAUCCCAGGAUAGUACUGGCCAUCUUCGGAGGUAUUGCAGCGUUUCCGGCUUUCCUGGCUUUCUUCAACUCAGACAGCACUGGUAAACCAAUCCCAUCAACUCCAGAAGAUCUGCUGCAACUCCACUCGGAGACUGGACACAAGAAACUGCAGAACGACGAUGACGAUUAAAAAAUUAACUGAAAGGAAGGUUUUUUGACGAAAUACUUCAACAAGAUAAUGAAAACGAAGAGCCGUGGUUGCAUGACAU